UUGUAAGCUUUUAAUAAAAAAACAAUUUUUAGUUAACUUUGACUCAAAAAAAAUGGAUUUUAUCGUGUUCUAAGCUCUAUUGUUUUUACUAAGAAAAUGUCUACAAAGCAGUAACCAACAAAAAUGGCUCCUCUCCUCGAUUCAACACCUGGGGACGACGCGGCCUUCAAAAUACCAGCCAUGGCGUACAGCAACGACAACGAUAACGACGCGUCGUUGAAAAUAGACAACAAUAACGAUACUGACACGAGAAAUAACGUAGAGUUGACGCAGAUUCAGAAGUUUUAUAACGGAAAGAAUAUUUUGAUUACUGGUGCUACGGGGUUCCUUGGGAAGAUUCUAGUACAGAAGCUCCUACGAUGCUGCCCUGGGGUUGAAAACUUAUACCUGUUGGUCAGACAGAAACGCGGGAAGGACAUCUACACCAGGAUAGAAGAAAUAUUCGAUGACCCUGUUUUCGACCGCCUAAAAGAAGAAGUGCCUAAAUUCAGGCACAAGAUUGUGGUGAUACCAGCUGACUGCGAGGCGGCGGGACUCGGUCUGACCUUGUCUGAUAGACAGACGCUAACUGAGAAGGUGAACGUGAUCUUCCACUCAGCAGCGACUGUCAAGUUCGACGAGCAGUUGCGACUGGCGUUCAACGUCAAUGUGAAGGCGUCAUUGCACGUGCUGCGGCUAGCAAGGGAUAUUAAGGGACUUGACGUCUUAAUGCACAUUUCGACUGCCUACUCCAACUCGCACCUUGACCAGGUCAAGGAGAAGUUCUACCCAUGCAAAAUGGACUUGGAGACCCUCAACCAGACCAUAGAGAAGAUGACUGAUGAGGAGAUGAAUAGUCAGUUAUCUAAAUUACUAGGGGAAUACCCCAACACAUACACUAUGACCAAAGCAUUAGCUGAGAAUGAAUUAAGGAUCAACUCGAAAGGAAUACCCUUGGCGAUCUUUAGGCCGGCUGUAGUGGUAUCAUCGGCAAAAGAACCAGUAAAAUGUUGGCUGGACAAUAUGAACGGACCGAAUGGCAUCGUGGUGGGAAGUGGGACAGGCAUCCUCCGAACCCUGCAAUGCGACAUGCAGGGCACAGCUGACCUGGUGCCGGUGGAUAUGGUGGUGAACUGCCUCAUGGCUGCGGCGGUUAAUGUCAACGCGGCUUAUACUCAGAGCAACCCACCGCCAGAGCCUCCGAUAUUCAAUUACGUGAGCUCAGUUGAGAAUAAGAUCACUUGGGGCGAGUUCAUGACGCUGAAUAUGGAGCAGGUGGACAAGUAUCCUUUCUCCAACGCUGUGUGGUACAUAUCCCUAAGACUGACUAAGUCGUGGCUGCUGAACAGAUUCUACAUGUUCUUCUUGCAUUUGAUACCGGCUGUGUUGAUGGACGGCCUGACUGUGUGUGUAGGGAAGAAACCAAAGAUGCUGAAAGUGUACAAGAAGAUUCACAAGUUCUCCGACGUUCUGUCCUACUUCUGUACGAAGGACAUCGAGUUCUGCAACAGAAGAACGCAAGAACUGUGGCAGAAGACUAGCGAAGAAGAUAAACAGUUGUUCCCCUUCAGUAUGGCGGAGCUGGACUGGCGGGAUUACUUCCAGGACUACUACCUCGGCAUCCGACGGUAUCUCUUCAAGGAGAACGACGAUAAUCUGCCCCAAGCCAGGAUUAAAUGGAAAAGAUUGUACUACCUUCAUCAGUUAGUAACAAUGCUUUUCUACUUCCUGGCAUUAUACGCACUGUGGAGUACAUUUUCAUCGUUUUUGUUGUGAAAUAGAUUACUUACAAAUUGUACAAAUAAUAAAUAUCAAUGUAAUUAUACAAUGUGCAAUACGAUAAGACAAACCACAAAAUAGUUGACACUAGGUACCAACAUUUUUUUGUGUGGUGUAUUCUCAUUUUUUGGCUAUGUUUCAUUAUUGAGGGGUGUUGUAUACAAAAAAGUAGAUUAAAUAUACCAAAUAAAACCAAUACAACUGGCAUAAUGCUUUAAAAUGUCGUUAGUCUGCUUUGUUUUAAUUUUAUUGGACAUCGGCUAUGGUUUUGAACUCGAUUUGCCACCGCAAUCUAGUUUGCACACAGCGCCAUUGGCGAUGAGUCAAUUAAAUUCAAUAAUUUCUAUUGGGUGCUGCAAUUGAUAAAUUCUAUUACGUUUGUAUUUGUGUUAGUGAUGUAUUUGAAUAAGGCAAAUAUUUCGAAGAUUUCACACCGGUUUUGUACAAAUGGCAUUUUUAUUGUUUCUAAUUUUAUUAUAAGUUUUUUUUUUUACUGUAAAUAUUAAAAUGUUGCUCAAUUGAUAAUAAAAUAACACCAAAUUACACAAACAAAUAAAUGAAGUAGGUAUUUGACCUUAUUUGUAAAUAACUUUAGUAUUUUUAAUUAAUAUUAUUGAUCAUUCUGACGAUAUGUAGCUAUGGCUUUGAAGUUGUCUUCUUAGUAAAAUUCGCCACAAAACCAUGACAGAAACAGAUGAGCCUAUAGAAAAUGUGACAUUCGUUAUAACUUUGAAUAAAAAAUGAGUGGAGUUGACAUGGCAAGCAUUAAAUAUUUUCAACCAAAUCUUAUUGUUAAUAGUUAUAACAAGAAAAUACCUAUUGCGGUUAACAUUGUCACAAUGUAAUUUAAACCUAAUUGUGAUUUAGUUUUAAGUUAAUUAUAAGUUUUAGGUUGGAUCAGUGUAGGGACAAGUUUUUAGGCUCUGUCAACUGUAUAAUAAAGUAAGUUUUUAAGUUUUGUUUGACAGAGUCUUUACUACUUGAAUAAAGUUGUAAAGGUGUAUUUUAAACACGAUUUUCGAUACAAAGCCAGGUACUCACUAGAAAAACACGUUCUUCGAUGCGUGUCAAAAAAAGUAAGCGAAAAAGUUAGCGAUUUGGAGCUCAUCAGUUGGCGCCAUCGCCAAAUGACAGCUCUUUCCUUGACGGUGGCGCCAACUGGUGACUCCAAUUUGUAAUAAUUAUUGUCAAAUAACGGGUUGUGAUAAUCCGAAUUUUUACGAAGUUACACGGUUUUUUUGCUACUUAUUGAAGAGUAUCUAGUGUGUUCGUUGUUUCAAAGUGUAUUUUAUAUUCGUUGUGUCAAAAUUAAAGAGAUUGCAAUAAAUUCCGAGUUAAAAAAAUGUGUAAUUCGGAGUUUGUUAAUAAAACUUAUACAAGAUGUUCAGGGCAGAAAAGUUCUCGAGUGGCGACCACGGGCUGGAAGACGUAGCUUGGGGAAGGCCUCCUACUAGGUGGACCGACG